AUGGAAUCCUUAUUCAGCGCCUCCAUCGAGCCAAAAACGGCGGCGAUCGUAGCUACGACCGUCGUUGCGACACUUUCCUUCUUAUCUCUUGCGCGACUCGGUCUCUACCCAAACUGGGGGACCGCAAUCCCUAACCCUCUUAAGACCAAGAUUCCCACACUCACAAGCGAUGAGGUCAGGAAGCUUCCCUACCACCCAGACUACUUUCCCGGCGCCCGGGAUGUGGACACGCCUUACGGCUCCAUCCGCGUCUACGAAUGGGGCUCAACCACCGGGCCAAAAGUAAUUCUCAUCCACGGCAUCAGCACCUCCUGCAUGACCCUCGGCCCCAUCGCCCACGCCCUCGCCGCCCGCGGCUGCCGCGUCAUGCUCUUCGACCUCUUUGGCCGCGGCUUCUCCGACGGCGUCGGCGACCUGCCCCACGACACACGCCUGUACACCACGCAGGUCCUCCUCGCCCUCGCCUCCUCCCCGCUCGCCUGGUCCGGCACCGACGCCGUCCGCGUCGUGGGCUAUUCCCUGGGCGGCGCCGUCGCCGCCUCGUUUGCGGCGUCGUUCCCGCAUAUGGUGGAGAGUCUCGUCCUGCUCGCGCCCGCGGGGCUCAUUCGCGCAGAGAACUUUGGCGUGCUGGCGCAGGUUACGUUCCAGUCUGGUCUCGUGCCUGAGCGUAUUCUUGCAGCUGUUACGAGGAAGAGGUUGCAGAAGCCGUUGGCGAGUAAGCGAUCUAAUGCUGUCGGGGACGAGGAAGAUCCGGUUGAGAAGGUCGUCGACGUCGCGGCCGCGGAGGUGUCUGGCCCCCACGGUGGCAGCGCAGAGGAUCAGAAGGUUGAGCGAAAAGUGCGGGAGUACGUCCCCUGGAUGGUCGCGCACCACGAGGGUUUCGUCAAGGCGUUCAUGUCGUGCGUGCGAUGGGCGCCGCUUACGGGCCAGCACGAGACGUGGCGGGUUCUAGGUCAGAGGAAGAAGGGGACCACGGCGGUGUUUAUUGGAAAGACGGACGAGGUUAUUGAUGUUGACCACUAUGCCAAGGAUGGGUUGCCGUUGUUAGGCGGCGAGGAAAAUGUGACGUGGAAGGUCCUUCCUGGGGGUCACGACUUUGUCAUGACCAAGACGGAGUAUAUUUUGCGCGAGUUGGAUGCAUUCUGGGGUUUGAAGGUGCAGUCGUGA